UAUUUGGGUUCUCAUCUUUUCUUCACAAAUGAGUUCUAACGAAUAUAGUACGGAAAACGUUGGUUGCAGGAAUGAAAAAUCCGGGAAAGCUCCGUCACAGGCGGCGGAGUGUGACGUCGGGCUAGCUCUAAACAUGCUGAACCCUGAAACAACACACCCUAAAAAGAUGAAUUUCAUCUUUGAUCCUUCUCUCUAUAACCAUUCUCAACAUCGAGCUUCUAUCGACUUUGGCGGUGGCAGCGGUGGCGGUGGCCGCCUGCUGUUUGAUAACUCAAUGGCUACUAGCAGUCAUAUUGUAUCUGGGACUUCGUUCACUAACCCUACAGGUAGUGAGAUGCAGAAAAUGCUUUUCACAGCUUCUCAGUUGCAAGAAUUUGAAAAUCAGACAAUGAUUUACAAGCACAUUAUGUCUUCAAACCCUAUUCCUCCUCAGAUGCUGUUGCCUUUGUCCACUCAAUAUAACAGGUCAGAUUCAGAGCCAUGGAGGUGUAGAAGAACAGAUGGGAAGAAAUGGAGGUGUUCAAGAGAUGUAAUGCGUGAUCAAAAAUACUGUGAGCGCCAUGCGCACAAGAACAGACCUCGUUCAAGAAAGCCUGUGGAAACUCAGUCUUUGAAUACCAAAAAUCUCAACAAUAAAGAUAAUUACCAUUCUCUCCUUCCUCCUACCCCUAGUAUGCCCACUUCAUGUCAACAAUCCAGGUGCACUGAGUGGUUCAUGAGGGGUGGCACUAUCCCUUUGUCUUCAUCACAACAAAAGAUCCAGAAACCAAUGCCUUCACCAAGUGUUGGAUCAAAAAGUGACCACCUUUUUCAAAAUCUUGAGGGAAAUCAUCAAGCUUUGGUUGAUGUAGACAACUGCUCUCUUAGCUUAAUGCAACCUGGUGGAGAUUAUGCAUGUGUUGAUCAAGAUUUCUUUCAAAUGGGAAUUGGGAUGUUGAAUGCGGAUGGUUCGAACCCGCAGAGCCAAUUGAUACCCCAUGGUUCUUGGUUGGGUGGGCCAUUAGGCGAGGCGUUGUGCCCGGGGGUUGUGAGUUCACUUAACCAACCUACUAAUGUGACAUCUCCAAGUGAUUCUAGUCAUGGGCUUUGUUAGUUUUUAAUUGGAUGUUUUUGUUUCUUUUUAAAAGUUGGUUGGUUUUACCUAAAUGCUUCAGUCACGUAUAAAUAUAUAUAAAGUUUAAUUAGAUGCAUAUUU